ACUCCCAGGAGGCUUAGCGGCCGGGGCCCGGGUGCCUGGCUGUGGAAUCGGAUGGGGCGUGUCGUUUUGCGAGCCGCUUUAACCUAGAGGUUUGCAAGGUUGGAAGUUCCGCGCCGGGAGCCGGGGAGAAAUGGAGCUGGAGCAGAGAGAGGGGACCAUGGCAGCCGUGGGCUUUGAGGAGUUCUCAGCACCUCCCGGCUCGGAGCUGGCGCUGCCCCCGCUGUUCGGUGGUCACAUCCUGGAGAGCGAGCUUGAGACCGAAGUGGAGUUCGUGUCUGGGGGUCUGGGCAGCUCCAGCCUCCGGGAGCGAGACGAGGAGGAGGAGGCAGCCCGGGGCCGGCGGCGGCGCCAACGGGAACUCAAUCGCAGGAAGUACCAGGCGCUAGGUCGGCGCUGCAGGGAGAUCGAGCAGGUGAAUGAGCGGGUCCUGAACAGGCUCCAUCAGGUACAGAGGAUAACACGGAGACUCCAGCAGGAGCGGAGGUUCCUCAUGAGGGUGCUGGACUCCUACGGCGACGACUACCGGGCCAGCCAGUUCACCAUCUUACUGGAGGCGCCCCGGGAAGGACGCCGAGCGGGAGUCCCACUGACUCCGGAGCUGGCCCCCGUACAGAUAAAGGUGGAGGAAGACUUUGGCUUCGAAGCGGACGAGGCCCUGGACUCAAGCUGGGUUUCUCGGGGGCCAGACAAGCUGCUGCCCUACCCCACCCUAGCCAGCCCCCCCUUUGACUGACCCCCCAAUAAACGGACACCAUGGUCUCCUCGGCCA